CACCGAGCCACCGGAAGUUGUAAGUUCCUAACGUUCAUGUGUUCAUGUUGACAACAGAAAGGCUCUGGAAAUAUUAGAAAAUAAUUAGCUACAGAGAGGAUAUACACGCUUCUGAAUAAAACAUGUCCGACAACGAAGAUAACUUCGAUGAUGGAGAUUUUGAUGAUGCCGAAGAGGACGAGGGAUUAGAUGAUCUUGAAAAUGUGGAAGAUGAGGACCAGGAGAACGUACAGAUCCUCCCUGCAGGUGAAGGCCAGCAGGCAAACCAGAAGAGGAUCACAACACCCUACAUGACCAAAUAUGAGAGAGCCAGAGUUUUAGGCACACGAGCCCUGCAGAUAGCGAUGUGUGCUCCUGUCAUGGUGGAGCUGGAGGGAGAAACAGACCCGCUGCAGAUAGCUAUGAAAGAGCUGAAGGGCAGAAAAAUCCCCAUCAUCAUCCGCCGGUACCUUCCUGAUGGGAGCUAUGAGGACUGGGGCUGUGAUGAGCUCAUCAUCACUGAUUAAACACAGAUUUCAUAACUGUAUAUCCUGAUUCACUCCAACCAUCAAACCAGGGCAGUCAGAUACACAAACCUAGAGGAGACGGAUUAUAACCUGUUCAUGCAGAAAUCGCCACAUCUGAGGACUCUGACAUGGGCUGAACUGGAUCUAAAGACUUAAAAACAAAACACUGUUUUACCAUCUGGUAAAACAGCAAGUCCUGUUUAACAGCUGCUUUACAGCUCAGAGCCACAAGGGGGAACUGUAACUCAAGUCAAUCUCAUACUUUGCUUUGGAAAAGUAUCCUGUGUAGUAGUUUUUUUCAUUAGAUUUUUUUGAUGAGAAACAACUGAAGAGUGUGAAAAACUUUCUAUUGUUAUUAAUAAAUGCUUUUGUAUGAA